AUGGGCCUCUUUGAUCUCUUCGGGCACGACGACGCGCGGCAGCACAACGACUACAUCUACAACACGCAGUAUGUUCCGGAGCACCACCAGGCCUCGUUCACGCACGAGGCGAUCUCUGCCGCAGCCGGAUUCGAGGCCAUGAAGGCAUAUGAGAAUCACCUCCGCUCGACGGGCCAGCAGCCCAACCACGCUCUGAUGAAGGAGCUCCUCGCAGGCUUCGCUGCCGCCGAGGUAGACAAGCUUGCUGAGACGAAAGGUCUUGACUACCUCGACCGCGAGAAGGCCAAGCGCCAGGCUGUCGAGCAGGCGCACCACCUCGCCAACGAGCGGUACGGCCACGGCCAGAACGGUAUCGAGUACAUGCGCCAGAACGGCGGGUACGGCAACGACUACAACCCGGGCUAUGGUGGCGGCUACAGCGCCCCACAGGGAUACGGUCCUCCUGGCGGUGGGUACGGUGGCCCUCCCGGCGGUGGAUACGGAGGUCCUCCUGGUGGUGGCUACGGCGGGCAGCAGGGCGGGUAUGGUGGCGGAGGCUAUCCCCCUCAGGGCGGAUAUGGCGGUCCCCCGCAAGGCUACGGAGGCGGAGGCGGAGGCGGAGGCGAGUACGGUGGCUACCGGGGCCAGCCUAGUGGGGGCUACGAUCAGUAUUAA